AUGCAACCCCUGGCAUACUUCGCUGUGAGGAGUUUGCUUGGAUGGCUGCAAUGGGUGGAGAAAGCAGAGCACGCCUUCAUUAGCAACCCUUUACUGCUUGUAGCAGCUGGAGCUGCGCAUUGUUGGGCAGUUGUUUACGCGCUGUUCAUUGCCAUUCACACCCGGGCCAUGCGAUUCGAGGGAUAUCAUGAAGGUUACACCGAACACUUGCCAUUCUGGGUAUCUUGGACAGAAAAUUUGGCAGUUGCCUCGAUGGGCAUUUGGUGGGCAGCUGGAUUCUCCACAGCUGCAAUUCGAAUCAUAGACGAUGAUGCUAGAGGUUUGCCCAUGGAUGGUGGGGAUGUGCAAGUCAACAAGUUCAUUCGCAUCCUCCGAUCAGAAAGGUUGCACGAUGGACUGGCUUUGGCACACACACUCAGUUGUAUUGGGCUCUUUAUCAGCAUCAUUCUCCUGUGCAUUGCCAUGGGCCUGAUGAAGGGCUCAGUCACGGCGUGUGAGCUAUGCCUAUGCUUUGUGGCUCUUGGGUUUGCUGCCCCACAUGCUCUUGUUGCAGCUCGUCGCCUGGACUUUUCCCCUCCAAAGAAGACAGAGGAUGCACCAGUUGCUUCAGCAGCAGCAGAAGCGGCAGCUCAAGAGGCCGUGUUGAGCUGUGCCAUGCUGCUGCGUCCGUUGGACCUCAGCUUUGUGUCAUCUUGGCACUUGCUGAUUCGCCUGGCCAUGCGUGCCCUUGAAGUCUUGGCAGUUGCGUUUUUGGCAGUGACCAGGUCCAGGCUCAUUCUUGCCAUGGGUGAGUACCAGGAGCCAUUGCUUUCCCGGGUGGAGCCCUGCACUGAGAAGGCGAAGAGGUCGGCAGAGGUGCAGACACCGCUUCAAGCGGUUGUGUCUUACUUGGAUGCAGCUUUCACUGUGACGGAAAGAGGUAGCAGCGUCAGCCAAGAGAUCCGGGCAGGUUUGGUGACUUGGGUCACCAUGAGCUAUAUAGUUGUUGUCAAUCCCAUCAUUCUCAGUGCGAGAUUUGCGGACGGCAGCUCUCCUAUCUCCUUCCAUGCUGCCUGCAGAGCCACUUGCUUGUCAGCAGCAUUUGCGUCUGGCUUCGUAGGACUGGCAGCAAACCUGCCUUUCGGAUUGGCAGCAGGUAUGGGGCUGAACUCGUACUUGCGCUAUGGCAUCAUCGACAGACUUGGUUUAGGGCCCGAGGGGGCCCUGGCAGCUUGCUUUGUCCAGGCUGUCCUUUUUGCUUUUCUGGCUGCCAGCGGUGCAGUCGACAAAGUUCAGGGUGCCUUGCCUUCAGCUUUGAAAUCGUCCAUCACAGUGGCCAUCGGAGUCUUUCAGGCUUUUGUGGGGCUGCAACUCAUGGGUUUGAUUGUGAAGAGCGACACUACCUUGGUUGCUCUCGGUGAUUUGUCACAGCCGAAUCUGUGGCUGGCUUUCACAGCGACAUUGCUGGUCGCGGGCCUUUUGAUCAGGAAGGUGACAGGAGCAUUGCUUCUAGGAAUUUGCUUCACCGCUGCAGCAUCAUACCUUCUUGGCCUGCCAAAUCCUAACCAGGAUCCGUCCGCUGGUCUGUCAGCCGGCACUGGCCUGUCUGCCAAGCUCUUUGACUUGGAUUUCACUCCCAUGCUGGAAAAGCCACAGGAGUUCGGAACAGCAGUUCUAUGCCUUCUUUUCAUUGUUGUAUUUGACACUGCAGGGGUCCAGCAUGGCAUUGGCCAACAAGCUGGGCUGCUUGACAGACGAGGUUUUUUGCCAGGAGCAAAGUAUGGAUACCUCGGAAGCGCUUUUGGCAGUGGCUUGGGAGCCGUGAUGGGCACAAGUCCGGUGAUCAUUCACAACGAAUCUGCGGCUGGAGUUCAAGAAGGUGGUCGAACAGGGCUUUGUGCCAUGACUACUGCCGUGCUUUUUCUCCUCUCGCCUGUGCUUGUGCCGGUGAUUGAGCUCAUCCCACCCGAGGCCACAGCGCCUUGCUUGGUGCUUGUUGGAAGCAUGAUGAUGGGACCUGUCAAGGAUAUUGACUUUGGAGAUUUGCGUAUCGCGCUCCCGGCAUUCCUCACGAUUUGCAUUACCCCUCUUGCAUACUCCAUCUCCUUCGGCAUUUUCGUGGGCAUUGCAUCGUACUACGUGCUGGGUUGUGUCCUUUGGCUGGCAGAGGUGGCAUCUGUGGGUGGAAAGACCGUACAGCCAAGUUUUCUGGCGAUCUCUGGAGAUGACGACGAGCUGAUUCCAGAGGUACCUUGA